UCAUUUAGUAGUAUUGCAUCAUCGAUAUGUGUUUUACUGUGGCACACAUGGUAGACUAUUAGCAAUAAAAGUUCCAAUUUUUAAGUUUUCAUGGUGAUAUGAAGUUAAGAAUAUAAAAAUUUGCAUAAGAUAUAAAAAUGGCGCCAAAAAACAAAGAAAAUACAUCUGGAAAUAAAAAGAAAAGACAAAUUUCUGAAGAAGAAGAUGAUGAAGAUUAUCGAAGACGUAGAGAUAGAAAUAAUCAAGCUGUGAAACGUUCUAGAGUUAAAAGCAAAUUACGUACCCAACAAACAUUGGAACGUGUAAAUCAAUUAAAAACAGAGAAUGAAUUACUUGAAGAAAAAAUUAAAAUGCUUACAAAAGAAUUAGGAUUUUUGAAAGAUCUUUUUCUUGCACAUGCAGGUUCAAGUCAACAUUCUGUAAAUUUUCAAGAUAUAGACUUGAAUGCUCUUUUGGCUGAAGAUACAAAAUCUAUGGAACAAAUGAAAGAAGUAUCUAAACCAUAGAUCAUAAUAAAUUCCACGUGAAGUAAGUAACGUGGUAUUGAUCAGAUCUAAGAUGAAGAUGUACUUUGGUUCGUCUAUUUUUAAAAAAGGUCAGACAUCUUGGAAAGAUGUUUGCUUAAAAAUGCAAUUUCUAAUGAAUUUAAGAUGCAUGAUGUUAAUGUAUGCAAUUCAUUGCAUGUGAAAUUCAUUAUUAUUGAAAUCUCAAGUACUGAUCAAAAAAAGUACAAAAUUUAAACAUUAAAAGAUUAACAUUGCAUGUAGAGAUUGUUUUCAAUGAAGAA